UGCAAUUCAUGUACAGUUCAAAACAAUAAUAAACUUAGAACAUAUGAAAAUUAUUCCGAACACAUCCUUUCCCCCAGUGUCUCGACAACUGGUAUUGUUGAAUCAUGCGUAUUUAACAAUAUUAAUUCAUUUCAUGUUACUAAUAAUUUUCCUGUUGAUAUCAUGCACGACUUGUUGGAGGGUGUUUGUGACUAUGAAUUAACCGGUAUUUUAAGGAAUCUUAUAAUUAACUCAUGUCAUUUUUCCUUAGAAACUCUGAAUCAACGAAUUCAUUUCUUUAAUGACGGUCCUACUGAUAUAAGAAACAGGCCACAAGGCAUAUCAGAAAUUCAUUUAAAAAUUUCAAACCCUCAAAUGCUUAAAAUGAAUGCUAGUGAAACUUGGUGUUUCACUAAGUAUUUAGGACUUAUUAUUGGGGAUUUGGUGCCCAAAGAUAUCCUCAAAAAUUUAAUAGAUGAACAUCAUCAAAUUUUUAUUAAUCUAAUGAAAACUAAUUUAAAGCCAAAGCAUCAUCAUAUGGUACACUAUCCUUUAAUAAUGGACAAAAUAGGGCCACUUAUAAAUAUAUGGUCUAUGUGCUAUGAAGCAAAACAUAAAGAGUCAAAAGUUGCUGCUCAAGCCACGUCCAAUCGAAAAAAUAUAUGUUACACUCUAUUUUUAAAAAAUCAGCUUAUAGUUUCCCACAAAUUAAACAGCAAAAAUAAUAGCUUUGACCCAUCAAUUUUAUUUAACAUUGGAAAACGUAUUGUAUUGUCAAUAGAGGAAACACAAAUAAUUUCAAAUAAUAUUUCUGAAAUAAACAAUUAUAAAUUUGUUUCUUGGGUAGAGUGGUUAGGGACUAGAUUCUCAGUAAAUAGUAUGUGUUGACAUAAAAGUGGAUGACGGUUUACCUGUAUUUGGUCUUAUUAAGCAUAUUUGUGUUCUCCCAGAUAUGCCAGAGAUUUUUAAUUUGUAAAUUAUAUAAAACUGACGGAUCUUAUGAAAAUUAUCAAUCGUAUAUGUUCAUUUUACCGAAAAAAUGAUUAAGAUAGAUAUGAAAUAUUUACCGAGGAUGAGGCCUACAUUUUGUUUUGCACACAAAAAUGG